UCGCUGAACUCUCUGUGAAGAAGAAAGAUGGAGAAGAAGGAGGAGAAGAAAUCUCAGAUUUCGUCAACGGAAGCUGUUCUUCUCGGAGCUUUAGCUCCAGGCGUUAAUGGUCCAACAUGGAACACUCUGAGAUUCGCGUUUCUACUACUGGGUCUUUGUCUAGCUUUCAUGCUCUCUGUAGCUUUCACCAGUGGCCAAUCUAUGUUGCUUGUUCAUGUUGGCUUUCUUAUUAUCAUCGCCGCUUCUCUCUUUAUCCUUCUCAAUUGGUUUCUUGAUCAGACAGGCUUAGUACAAGUGGAGACACAAAUGAAGGAGCUGAAUUUGCUACCUAAUGAUAAAACUGAAUGAUCAUGCACACACUGGUAGAGGCAGAGACAUGUGUGAUAGAACAUUUAACAACAGAUAUAUCAAGCAAAAUAGGAGGACUGGGAUUAGUCUGGAUUGGUACAACAAGAAGAUCCACUUUCUAUUGUUGGUACAUAGCAUUUGCUUUCUCAAUACUCUUUCCUUGGUUCUCUCAUCUUGUUUUGUUUUCUUUCUUUGGCUUGAGGAAACGGCAAGUGUACUGAAACAAGAACUUCAUCUUGAUCAGGAUGUUACUUGCUUGAUUCUCUACUAUUAGCUCCUUUUUUUUUUUUUCCUUUAUUUGUAACUGCUUAUCAGAUGCUAUUCCAGACUAAUUUUACUCCUCCGAUGUAAGAAGAUGAUUAUUAUUUGAUACUGAUUGUUUUGA